AUGGAUUCGCCCGGUUCAGCAUAUACUCGGUUUGGCCUUGAACUUUUCAAAGAGCUGAAUAAAAUAAAGGAUGGUAACAUCUUCUUUUCUCCUGUUGGCAUGUCCACUGCGGCCGGCAUGCUCCUCCUUGGGGCCCAAGGAGCCACCACCACCCCGUUACAGAAGAUGCUUUGCUCUGAAAAAGACACAAAGAGCACAAGAAUCAAAACUGAAGAGAAAGAGGAGGCGAGACACAUUGAGAAGACGGAAGAGCUGCAUCACCAAUUCCAAAAAGUUUUGAGUGAGAUAAGCCAACCCACAAAUGAUUAUGAACUGAAAAUAGCCAAUAGGCUCUUUGGAGAAAAGACUUACCUCUUCCUUCAAAAAUACUUAGAUUAUGUUGAGAAAUAUUACCAUGCUUCUAUGGAGACAGUUGACUUUGUCAAUGCAGCGGAUGAAAGUCGAAAGAAGAUUAACUCCUGGGUGGAAAGCCAAACCAACGAAAAAAUCAAGGACCUGUUUUCAGAUGGCUCUAUAAGCAACUCCACCAAGCUGGUGGUGGUGAACAUAGUUUAUUUUAAAGGGCAAUGGGACAGGGAGUUUAAGAAAGAAAAUACCAAGGAGGAGGAAUUUUGGCUGAAUAAGACUACGAGUAAAUCUGUGCCGAUGAUGACACAGCGUGAUUCCUUUCGCUUUACUUUCCUGGAGGACCUGCAAGCCAAGAUUCUAGGGAUUCCAUAUAAAAAUAACAACCUGAGCAUGUUUGUGUUGCUGCCCAAUGACAUAGAUGGGCUGGAGAAGAUCAUAGAUAAACUCUCUCCUGAGAAGUUAGUAGAGUGGACUAGCCCAGGGCAGAUGGAGGAGAGAAGCGUGAGUUUGCACCUGCCCCGGUUUGAAGUGGAGGACAGUUACGACCUAGAGGCCGUCCUGGCGGUGCUGGGGAUGGAGGGCGUCUUCCCAGAGCCGGGCGUGGACAGUUCGGGCACACGCUCCUACUCGGGGCUGCACGCUCAGAAGUUCCUGCACAAGUCCUUCGUGGUGGUGAACGAGGAAGGCACGGAGGCCACAGCAGGCACGGGCGUGGACUUUGCGGUCACAUCAGCCCUCGGUGAUGAAAGUUUCCACUGCAGUCACCCUUUCCUGUUCUUCAUCAGACAGAACGACUCCGACAGCAUCCUCUUCUUUGGCCGAUUUUCAUCUCCUUAG